GCUCCGACUUACUUCCAAGGCAAGCCUGGUAAAGCCAAAUGCGAACAAGUGCGAGCGGUGGAUGUAGAAAGAUUAUUGGGAGAAAAGCAAGGCAGUUUAACCGAAGCGGAAAUGGAAAACAUUGAUAAAAAAUUAAUGGUUGUGUUGGAUUUAGUGAAGCAUUUCGGUCAUCCUAGCGAAAGCAAAAGAAAAAGUUUUUAG